UUUCAAUUGGUAGCGUCUUGUAGCUUAGGCGUAACGCUUGUGCAGUUCAAUGUGCUCGAUGCCUAAGCACGUUGAACCCACCCAUAUGACUGACAUAACGUAUGUUAGAACAGCAUACGAAAGCGAUAAAAUGCUACUAUUUGGAACGUAAUAAUUAAGAUAUUUUUGUCGACCAUGUUUAAUGAAAAUCACGCAUCUUUACUAGUAUAUAUGAAUAUAAAAUUAAGCAGUACAUGAAACCGGAUCCGAAAUUAAACACUUCAGGCUGAGAUUGUCGUGGACAUCAUGUGUGCAAUGUUAUGUUAUUUUGCUAAGAAGCUGGUUAACUCGUAUAUAAUUUGCUCACAUUUCUCUGAAGAAAUUUAAGAGAAUCCUGAGUCACUAGAAAUAUGGGUCCUGAAGGAAGCUCUGGUAGUAUAAAGGAUGCAGCAAUUGAUUUCUCUGCAGGAUCAUUAGGUGGUGUGGGACUGGUAUAUGUUGGUCAGCCUUUAGACACUAUUAAAGUGAAGAUGCAGACAUUUCCAAACCUGUACCGGGGGAUGGUCGACUGCUUUCGACAAACCCUAAUGAAAGAGGGAAUCACCAAAGGACUGUAUGCUGGAACACUUCCAGCUGUUGUUGCUAAUGUGGCUGAGAAUUCUGUAUUGUUUGCCGCAUAUGGAACAUGCCAGAAAGCUAUGAUGAUGAUGACAAGAAAGGAGAAAGUGGAAGACUUGAGCACCUUGGCCAAUGCUUCAGCAGGUUUCUUUGCUGCAUUCUUUUCAUCUUUCACACUGUGCCCUACAGAGCUCAUCAAGUGCCAGCUGCAAGCCAUGAGAGAAGUGCAGAUGCAGUCUAUCACCAAUGGUGGCCAUCAUCAGCUGAUUGGCCCAUGGAAACUCACACAGAAGAUAAUCCAGCAAGAAGGAGUCCAAGGCUUGUUCCGAGGAUUAGGAACAACAAUAGCUCGUGAAAUGCCAGGAUACUUUUUCUUUUUUGGUGGUUAUGAGGCCACUCGUGGUCUGCUUACACCAGUAGGAAAAACAAAAGAUGAAAUUGGUCCACUGUGUACAAUGAUAUCUGGUGCUGUUGGAGGAAUUGUGUUUUGGAUUGUAAUCUUCCCUGCAGAUGUUGUGAAGUCUCGGAUACAGGUAUCAAGAUUGUCUGGUUCCCUGUUAUCCAUUAUGCUGCAGAUAUUCAGGCAGGAAGGCUAUCAGGCCCUCUAUAGUGGAUUGCAACCUACGCUAGUCAGAACGAUUCCAGCAACUGCAACACUGUUUCUGUUGUAUGAAACAACAAAGAAAGUCCUGCAUAAACUUUGUGAUUGAUGACUGUUGUUAAAUCUAUCAUUGGGAAUUGUAUGAAGUGUUCUGUUUACUGUACCUUAACUUGACUACCAUGUGGGCACUUUUCCCACACACACAUCUCAUGACAAAUUCCAGUUUAUCCCAAAGUGGUGUGGAAUUUUAACAGAUCAUAAUUUAUUUCCAUAAUUCUCUUUAUAUGCAAUCCAUACAUCAUUCUUUCAGAAAUGAAUAUUAUGUAAAAUGAAUUCUUUAAGUGCUAUGAACAGGAAAUGCAAAGAAAGUGCAUUGUUCUUUCAAUAUCAGAAAAAACAGAGAGUUGGAGCAUCAGUUAUUUGUGCUGAGAAAUUUCAUGUGAGCAUAUGUACAUAUAAAUUUAAUAUAUCCAUACAAAUUAUGUUUCAAAGGUAAAUAAGUUUUGACAGCUGUUACUAUAAUUUGGAGUAAAUGCAUUUUUCAAACACUCUCUUUGCAGUAAUGCUUAGACAGUGAUGAUAAUUUACUGCAGACAUACACAGCACUGUCCAAAUUAUUUUUCCACAUACAUAUCAAUAGACAAGGAGAAUGAGAUAAGUGAGUCAUGUAGCAUGCAUGAAGGAAGAGGCCGCUUGGGAAACCAGGGCAUAGAUGGAAGGAUGAUAUUAAAGUGGAUCUUAAAAAUGUAAGAUGCGAGUGGACUGGAUUAUCUGGCCGAGGAAAGGUUUCAGGCCUGGGUUCUUAUAAACAUGGUAAUGAUCCUUCAGGGUCCAUAAAGUCCAGCAAUUUCUUGGGCAGCAGAGUAACUGUAUAGCUGUUUCACCUAAUGCAGUCCAGAUUUAAAAAGAGAAUGUUUCAAAUGAAAGUUGUAGUCAGUAAUGAGAUCUGUUUUGCAUUGUGUACACUCAGCUGUGCCUAAAAAAAAUAAAUUAAGUUUGAUUUGAGCUUCAAGUAGACUAGGUAAUACAUUAAAUCCCUCAAGUAGUUUUGGACCUGAAACCUAUCACAAUAUUGGCUUGAUGUAGUGGUAACGUUCUAGACUUGUAUUCUGGAGGUGCUCGAUUUGAAUCUCGGUCCAGACACCUGCUAUCAUGAUAGGUUUUUCAUCAUUUUCCUCAGUCCUUUCAGGUAAGUGCUGGGAUACUACUACCUCAAUUGGGCAAUGACUGUUUCCUUCCAAGUCAACACCCAUCAUUCUACCAAUCAACACUAGACAGUCUUGUUAAAGUCUACAAAAAAAAACAUAUCUCUGGACAAAUGAACUACACCAUUAUGCAUUAAUUUUAUGCACUUCUACAACCACAUAAGUUCAGAAACGUGUGAAUAGCAUAACAACUGUGAUAUGUUCACUCCAGCUUAAUUAUCUUGCAAACUAUAAAACUUCUGGAAAAACUGCACUCAGGAUAAAAUAUCUCAUGUUUCCUUACUACUUAGCUUGAAAUAUUUUUUACUGUGAUAAAUAUUAAAUGAGUUGCAUGUGAGUUAUGCUUGAAAUGUGUACAGAAAACAUGUGGGGUCUUGUAAAGUGUCUCUUUUUAUUACUCCUUUUUUAAUAAGUUUUUCAAAGGGAUGUUCAGAGCAGCUCAGUGUUAUUAAGUGAGCUGUGAUAUUUGAUACCAAAGGCAAAUAUGAUGUGCAAUAAGAAGUUUGAGAACCACUACUGUAUGUGACAUCUUGAGGUAGUAGGAGAAAUGUAUGAAAAUGUUAAACCAGUUUUACACCUCAUAAUUGUUAAUUAACAGGGACCAAUACUUAUGAAAUUAUGUAAAAUGCAUAAUGGAAUUGAUUAAAUUUUUUGUACUGUUACUAAACUGUCAUGUUGAUUCAAUUUCCCAGUUAUCUUCACUUAGGAGAGAAAAUCUGUAUUCUUUUCUGUCCUCUGUGAGUAAUUUUAAUGUAUGUGUCCAUCUGAUGCUCA